AUGAGUAACUGAAUGGGAAAACCAAACAAAAUGGGUCGCAGCAUAGAACUACUCGCUGUUACAACACUUCUAGCGCUGGCGCUAUUUAUCGGCAAUAGCACUGCCACUGGGGCGGUAAGGACAUGCUAUACCUGCGAUGGCAUCAAUUGCCAGAGAACGUCACUCGUUAAAGAACAAAAGUGUCAGGAUGCUUUGGAUUAUUGUGUGACCGUGUUUGAAAAAUUUAGCGUUGUGCAAAAGGGUUGCUCGCUGGAGGUGCCCACUGAGUUGCGGCAGCGCUGUGAUGCCAACACUGUUGAAUGCCAUAAAUGCAAUGCAGAUCGUUGUAACAAUCUAGGCCAACCGAAUUAUUUGUGCUUGCAGUGUGACUCUAGCAAAGAUGCCAGUUGUGCCAGCAAUGCCAGCGGCAUCAUGCCUACGCGUUGUCCCUCGCCGACGGCGCCGAAUUCUUAUUGCUAUGUGAAAUAUGAUGGUGGUGUCACUACACGUGGAUGCUCUACAACUGUGGCUGACCAGCAGAGCUGUUAUUCAAACGCCAACUGUAUGCUAUGUCUAGCUGGCGACCUCAAAAGCUGCAACAGUGUGGACUUUGCGCCCGGCUCCCGUGCUAUGCGGCUUUAGAAAGAUUCGAAGCUAACAUGGAUGGAAAAGUAAAUGUUUAACACGUUUAAAAUGUUCGUUUUGUAAUGAAAAUAUAAUAAUAGUAUUAAAUAAAUGGGUUACAUUUGUACAAAAUA